GGAUGCUAUACUUAAGAUGUGUUAAGGCGAAAUAGAAGUCUGACAAAAAACCUUUGUUUUGAUUCAUCAAAACAUGAACCACUCGUUCUAUCACCUACUCUCUCUAUUUCAUACAACGUCGGAGCAAAAUGUCACUAAGACGUAAGGAUGCCAUGCGUUCUAAGAGAAACAGACAAGCCUUUGCUUUCUCUGAAAAAGAACAUGAAAAAAUAAACAUUCUUAUUGACAAGACACAUGAUCAGGAUCCUCCAGCGGAGCCUAGUCAUGUAUCCAUGGACAAGAUAGAAGACAUGAGAAAAAUGGUCAGCGAGGUAACGGGAAUCAUGAAAGACAACAUAGAGAAAGUUGUGGAAAGGGAGGAAAAACUAAACAUACUUGAAGUCAGAACAGAAGAGCUGCAAGCGUCUUCUCUUCCGUCCGAUUCUGUUUACCAAAUCAAUGAAGAACCAGAAAGAGUGGUGCUCCGAAAGAAAAGGAAAGGCUAUGUAGACAUAAAUCAGACACACGGAAAAGAUUCUGAUAAUGAAAAAGGAAAAGUUACCGUUAAUGAAGAAAACGACAAACAUAAGUCUGCGUCAAAGUCAUUUCAGUCUUCGGAAAAUACAGAUAGCAAAGACUUGGUGGUAUCUUCAAAGUUGGCCAACGAGGGAAGGCAAACGGAAUCAAUGACAAAGAGACAUCAGUCUCAACUAAUGCAGGCAAAUCUUACAAAGUCGUGUGACACUUUAACUGAUUUGAAAUCCGACGAAAUCAAAUGCUUUGAAUCAUCUUCAAUCUUUCCUGAAUCUAAAAAAGAACAAAGUUACGACAAGACACACAGAAAAGAAUCUACUCUGAUAUUUCCGGUUGAUGUUGACUUUUAUGGUUCACUUAGCGUCGAUGGUGGAAGUGAGGAGCCACUACAAAGGCACAAUGCUAUGAAAUCACGCAAAAAUCGUUCUGGUGUUGCAUUUACUGACGCAGAAAAGAUUAGCGUAAUCAGCAAUGUUGAAAAGUUGCAAUCCGAAUCAUUCCCAGAAGCAAAAGACAGGAGGAAGGAAGGACAAAAUGUGUCGGACGAGGUUCGAGCACAGGUCCAGCAAGCUAAGACGUCGAUGGAAGACAAUAUCGCCAAAGUUGAAAAGACAGGAAAAAGACUUGACGAAAUGGACAUCUAUGCUUCUCCUCAAGUAACCAAAUGUCGUUCACUUGACGAUUUAACUGUAGAUAAGACAGAUGGUAUGCGAGAAGAAAACAGGCCGGCUUCAGGGGAUCAUAUUACGAUUAGGGCGAAAGAGAAAAUUGCAGAAUUGCCGCCAGGCAAGGCAAGUGGAAAUAAAUCCAGUGCUAAUGUGGUAUCUGAACCUAAGCAUAAAAAGAAGAAACCAAUACCGACUUCUACAGACGAGUCCGAGUCAAAAAUUGCUUUUGUCAAAAAGAAGGCAAAGCGAGCCAAGGUGUUUCUCAAAGAGAAAUUGACCGAUCACUCUAAUAGCACCGAUGGUUCAAAGCAAUACAGACAGAACGACGGUAACAACACAACUGUUUUCUAUACCGACGAAUCCAUUGCUACUCCAAUGCCUAAACAACCCGUAGUGUCCUCAACCUGUCAGCAACCGCAGAAACAACAACAGCAAUCACAACAACAAGCAAAAACAACACAACUAGACAUCCUUCGUAGUCAGGUCCGAGAGGUUACAAACAUAAUGAAGGACAAUGUCGACGAAAUCUCCAGACGAGGAGAAAAACUGGAAGAGCUCGAAACGAGGUCAGGUCGUCUGGAGGAUUUGUCGAGCUCAUUUAGUACUACUGCUGCAGCCAUACAGAAGAAGAUGAAACGAAGAAACCGGAAAGUGAUCUGUGCCAUUGCUCUUGUACUAACAUUAGUGCUUAUAAUUGUGACAGUUGUUCUCGUUGUGUAUUAUAAUGGAUAAUUUAAGAUCAGAGCAAAAAGGCACAUUUUAAUGUCGACUUUCAUAUACAACCACAAUUUUGCUCGUAGCAUUUGGGUUGGUGGUAAGUUCAAAAUGACUGCAAUUAAGAGACGGGCAUGUUGCAUUAUGGAUUAUUGUAAUAUAUAAUUGUAAUAAAUAAUGUGAUUUUAACGAGAAUAAAUUGUUGUACUGCAAACUUACAA